AUGGAUAGUAUAGAAAAUAACUCUUCAGUGACAGAUACCGUUAUUGUUACAUCAGAUAAAGUGAACGUCACAGAUCGUGACAUUGUGGAAGUGAUCCAAAAAUGGUUAACUGAUACAGUCUUACUAGAGUUCGACGUUCUUCCUGAUCUACCUAUUGAGAUCGUUAUACUAGGGAGCAUGAAACGACUUCUGAUUAUUUGUCCAAAUCAUGCUAUCUCAAAAUAUAUUAAAGAAAUGGAACCCAAGCCAGAUAACUUACCUUUGAACAUAGGUUAUUCGUUAGUGGAUGGGAGAGCAACGGCUGCUCCUAAGAAAUAUCUUGAGUUACCACCUCAUGAAACAUUAUUUUUAGUUUCACCACCUGCAUCACCUCCUCCUGAAUUUGAUUAUUCAAAAUGUGAGGGACCUCCAAGUUCUCUCACACAUCCUUCGCAUGAUGAAAAACAGCAACAUACGACGUUAAGGGAAGAGACACUAAAGGAACCUGGAACUUAUACAUUAAUAGAUUCAAAAUCUGGUAGAAUUACGGUGGAUACAUGUGCUCAGGCUGAUAGGCCGGUACAUAUGACGCUGGAACAAGUAAGAACAGCAUUCCCUCCAAAAUCAAUGUUUGAUGAUGAAGAUUAG